UGCUCUGGAUCAUGGUGGAGAUCGCCAUCGUCGGCUCCGACAUGCAGGAGGUGAUCGGCACAUCCAUCGCGCUCUACCUGCUCUCCGACAAAAAAAUUCCAUUGUGGGGUGGAGUGUUGAUAACAAUCGCUGACACGUUUACAUUUCUGCUGGUCGACAAGUACGGCAUGAGAAAGCUCGAAGCCUUCUUCGGCUUCCUGAUCACCGUGAUGGCCCUCAUGUUCGGCUACGAGUACGUGGUGGCGGCGCCGCCUCAGGCCGACGUGGUGCGCGGCCUGUUCGUGCCGGGCUGCGCGGGCUGCGACAGCCGCUCGCUGCUGCAGGCCGUCGGCAUCAUCGGCGCCGUCAUCAUGCCGCACAACCUGUACCUCCACUCGGCGCUAGUCAAGUCUCGCAGCGUGGAUCGCACGCGCCGCUCGCGCAUUCGUGAGGCCAACUACUACUUCUUCAUCGAGUCGUGCGUCGCGCUGCUCGUGUCCUUCAUCAUCAACGUCUUCGUCGUGGCCGUGUUCGCCAAGGGCCUGUCCGGCAAGACCAACAGUGAUGUCAACCAGACCUGCGAGUCUGCUGGAAAUGCCGUCAGCUCGCUCUACCCGGGCCUCUUUCCGAACGACACGAACUUGGUGGAGGCCGACCUAUUCAAGGGCGGCGUCUUCCUCGGCUGCCAGUUCGGCGCCGUGUGCCUCUAUAUCUGGGCCAUCGGUAUCCUGGCCGCCGGCCAGAGCAGCACCAUGACCGGCACCUACUCCGGACAGUUCGUCAUGGAGGGCUUCCUGAACCUGACGUGGCCGAAGUGGAAGCGAGUCCUGGUCACCCGUACCAUCGCCAUUCUUCCAACAUUUUUCAUAGCUGUCUACAAGGACAUCACGGACCUGACGGGCAUGAACGACCUGCUGAACGCGCUGAUGAGCCUGCAGCUGCCGUUCGCCCUGCUGCCCACGCUGACCUUCACCAGCUCGGAGCAGGUCAUGGGGGAGUUCCGGAACGGCCCGGUCAUGAAGGUGCUGGCUAGCAUCCUGUCGGUGGUGGUGGUCGGCAUCAACGUCUACUUCGUGGUCGACUACGUGAAGAGCACGCUGCCGGCCGUGUGGUGGGUGGACCUGCUGCUGGCGCUAUACGGCUUGUUCUACAUCGGCUUCAUCGGCUACCUCACGGCGCUGCUGUACGGCGUGUUUGGCGGCCCGGGCUUCGACCGCAUCAGGGCUGUGAGCAGGGGCUGGCUCGGGUACGAAGAGAUUGCCAGCAGCUAGAGCUGACGGCCCGUAGCGGACGCCGUGGCUAGCGCUGCACACUGGUCGUGUAUAACGACUCGUCCAAACGACACGACUGGGACGACCCA